AUGGAGUCUUUCGAUCAGAUCGUUGCUCAAUUUGUGACGCCCAGUGAUUCCAACCGUCGCCCACUGCAAGGUCCUAUCACUCUGGGCGCUGUCAAUAAAGAGGACACGUUCGAGUAUGUAAAGUCAUUUGGCUGUGCCAAUGACGAGAAUGUCGAGCAACCUUCGGGUGAUCCAAUCUAUGGCAUCGCGUCAUGCACGAAACUUAUCACGACGAUUGCAGUCCUGCAAUGUGUCGAAAAGGGCCUAUUGGCGCUGGAUGGCGACAUUUCCGAAGUCCUCCGCGAAUGGGAAAAUCCGAAGAUUCUAGUCAAAUUUGACAAGGGUGGAGAGCCUGUUCUGGAAGAUAGCAAGGGCGUUAUAACCCUUCGUCAGCUUCUAACUCAUUCGAGCGGAAUGGCAUACGGAUUUGAAAGCAUGCAUCCCGAUCUAGCUCGGUUCCAGGAAUUGAGAAACCGCAAGACCCGUGAGGGCCGAACAGUUGAGGAAUCUUUCGAACCCGUUCUUAUCCACCAUCCGGGGGAGCAAUGGGAGUACUCCCCUGGUAUUGAUUGGGCUGGAAAAAUGGUGGAACGAGUCAAUGGCGAUAUGAAACUUGGUGAAUAUAUGCAGCGCCACAUCUUCGAUCCACUGGGCAUCAGGGAUAUGACCUUCAGUAUUUCCGCCCGCCAGGACAUGCAAUGCAGACUAGUUCAAUGCUGGGAGCGCUCAGAAACUGGAGGCAUGAAGAAGGCCCAUUACAGCAUGCGGCCCCAACCUGUUGAAGAACACUUUGGUGGUGGAGGGCUGUAUGCAAGUGCCAUUGAUUUGCUGAAAGUAUACAGAGCCAUAUUGCAAAAGGAUUGUAGAAUCCUAGGUGAAGAGAUGGUCGAUUUAAUGUUUACGCCACAACUGCAACACACAAUUGGGCUUGACAAUCUAGCAAACUGCCCUCCAUCUUACACGAACAGUAUCUUGAACUCUGUUCCAUCCACAAUACCAAUCAACUUUGGACUCGGUGGUCUGCUUAAUUUGCAGUCAGUGGUAGGACGACGAGGUUCGCAUUCGCUGACGUGGUCGGGUGUGGCAAACUGCUACUGGUGGAUAGAUCCUCAGAAUGGUAUUGCUGGAGUGUACCUCUCACAAUUACUUCCUCCUGGUGAGCCUGAGGCUGUCGAACUUCUGUCAAAGUUUGAGGAGACAGUUUAUUCCUUUAUCGCUGGUAAAUAG